UGUUUGUUCAAAUUCAAUUCAACAUGUCAAGUGUAUUCAAAUCAUCUCAUCUAGAAAACCUUUACUUGUUAGCAGAGGUUAGCGUCCGCAGACUCGCUGAAGAGCGCGAGAAUGCCAAGUGUGAUCCAUCCUCUGUGUUUUAUAUGCCUGAAAAAUCAACCUCUUCUUCUUAUCACAAGUGUAAUUCAAGUGACGAUUCGAUGGCUUCCUCAUUUUCACCAUACAAAUCUGAAUCUGAUGACGAUCAGUAUCAGAGUGCACCUCUCAACCUAAAAAUAUCUGCAGAACCAAUGCAGGAAGAUGUGAUUCAAGAGCUCGAACCUGAGCCAGAGCUUGAGUCAGACUUAGAGUCAGAAUCAGAGUCUGAACCAGAGUCUGAACCAGAGUCUGAACCUGAAUCAGAGCCUGAGCGAACAGAACGACCGGUCACCAUAACAGCUGAAAUGUACGCUCAGGCCAUUGAAAGUGCUCGUAAUUAUAGAUAUAGUGAGGGACGAGCAAGUUUUGCACCAAACAUCGAGUCUCUGGCUGAAAAACUAAAAAUCCCUCUUCGAAUGUUCAGUUCGAUUAAAUUUGUUAAUGGAGGCCAUGGAAUCAAGAAUCCAAUCCUUUCAUAUGGAAAGCUUAAACCAGCUAUACAGCCAAGUUUGGAUGAUCCCCUGAAAUGCCCAGUGUGUGCGCAACGGUUCCCCAAACCUCGAUGUCUUAAGCGUCAUCUUAAAAAUCAUUCAGACGUAAAAGAAUAUUUGUGUACAUUUUGUGGUAAAGGCUUUAAUGAUACCUUUGAUCUGAAAAAACAUACCAGAACUCAUACAGGUGUUCGCCCAUACAAAUGUGACCAUUGUGAAAAAUCAUUUGCUCAACGAUGUUCCCUCGAAUCUCAUACUCUUAAAAUCCAUGGUAUUUCGCAUUCUUAUGCAUACAGAGAAAGGAGGACUAAAUUGUACGUUUGCGAGGCGUGUGGAAACACUACCAAUAAACCAGAAACACAUUAUCUGCAUCUUAAAAAUAAUCAUCCUGAUUCUCCCGCUUUGGAUAAAGUCAACGACAGACGAUUUUUCAAGUUUGAUGAUCCUGAUUUCCCCUUUAUCACAAUGCCAAGGUCAUUUUUAAUACGUAAAAGAAUAAAUCUCAGGCAAUCUAGCCAGCCGUCUAAGCAGACCUUUAAACAGCAGUCCAACCAACAGUCCGACCAACAGUCAUACCUACAAGCUAACCAACAAGCUAACCAACAGUGCAAACAGUCCGACCAACAGUCUAAUCAGCAGCCUAAGCAGCAGCCACAGUCUAACCAGCCGUCUAACCAACAGUCUAACCAACAAGCUAACCAACAGUCUAAUCAGCAGCCUAAGCAGCAAUCACAGUGGCGUCCAGUUACUCCACCACCAAGUCCUGAGGAUGCAAAACCAUCACCAUCAAUGUCAACAUCGUACACCUGCUCCAGUUCAUCGAAUACUUCAUCAUCAUCUGAUGUCAGUGAACACCAGAGUGUUGUGUUGAACCUUAAAGUGGAUUCCAAACCUGUGCAACAUGCAGCCAAAAAGAUUAAGUCUGGACCUAAAGUUGUUGUUACUGAGGAAAUGUACCAGCAGUCCGUUGAAACUGCUCGCAAUAGCAAAGCUGGAAGUAAUGGUGGGAUCCCAGCUACCUUCGCUCCAAGCUUCGUGGCUCUAGCACAAAAGCUGAAAAUUCCUCUUCACAUGUUUAAUUCAAUCGAUUUUGUUAACGGAGGACAUGGAAUCAAGAAUCCAAUACUUUCUAAAAAGAAGUCCGUUAUUUCAUCAAGUUUGAAAGAUAAAAAAAAAUGUCCAGUUUGCAGAAAACAAUUUGCUCUGCCACGUUUAAUGAACCGUCACCUUAAAUGUCAUUCAGACGUGAAACGAUUUUUAUGCACAUUUUGUGGCAAAGGCUUUAAUGAUACCUUUGAUCUUAAAAGGCACACCAGAACUCAUACAGGUGUUCGCCCAUACAAAUGUGAUCAUUGUGCUAAAUCAUUUACUCAAAGAUGCUCUCUCGAAUCUCAUUCCAAUAAAAUCCAUGGCAUUUCGCACCAAUAUGCAUACAAGCAAAGGAGGACAAAAAUGUACGUUUGCGAAGAGUGUGGAAACGCUACCGAUCAACCGGAAUCACACUAUCUCCAUCUUAAACAGAAUCAUCCUGAUUCUCCUGCUUUGGCAAAAAUUAAUGAUAAGCGAUUUUUCAAGUUUAAUGAUUCCAAUUUCCCAUGUGCCGAAUGAAAAUAUCAACUUCUUGGCUAAUUUCAUUUUUAUCAGUCUCAUCAUAAGCAUCAAUUUUUUGUAAUUUUAUUUAUAUUUUUUGGGUGUUUUCACCGUUUUUUCACAAUCUUUUUAAAACAUUUAGAAACAAGAAAAAAUACACCGAUGAUGACUACGAUUCUGAGUGAUAUGUUCAAGGCAAAAAUAUAUCAAUUUUUGAUAUGCCAAUCAAUUAUGUUGUAUUUGAACAAUCGUUAAAAUU